AGCAACGGCACCAAUGAAAGUGAUGACGCUGCUGAUGGACAUACCAAUGACAAUGGCAGUUGUACCAAUGCCGUUAACAAUACCUACUAUAUUAAUAGUCUCAAUAAUGUUGUUAAUUCCCUCAAUGAUUUAAAUGCUACCACAAGUAAUCCUAGUUCUGUCCUCAGAACGAAUACUUCUUAUUCUAUUUUGGCUAGCGGACGGAAUGCUAGUCACCCUAAUAAGCUGAUUGAGCUCCCCCCUAUUUCCACUGCUGCUGGGGAUUUUAUCAACAAUACUAGUGAGCAGUAUCUUCCCUGCAACUACUAUGUUUGGAUGGAGCCGCCGCCUGUCAUUCACUCUGGCUCAUCUUUUGGUGUGUCGGAUCAAGAUCAAGUCACUUGCCAGGCUCAAGCAGAACCAUUAACAGUGGGUUAUGUAACGUUGGCUCAUUCGCUCCAACAUCUAUCAACAGGAGUCGACGUGUCUGGUCAGUGA